CCAAUUUCAUUUAUAAAACAAAAUAAAAUAUGUUGAGUGCUGGAAAUUUCCCCGAAUACCGUGUUCCCGGUGUACAACACGAUGAUUGCUCUCCCUAUGAAUCUAAUGGAGGGAGCAUCGUGGCCAUUGCUGGAGAUGAUUUUGUUGUAAUUGCAGCCGAUAGUCGUCUUAGCAGUGGAUAUUCCAUCCACACACGUGAACAGAACAAACUUUUCAAACUAUCUCCACAAACAGUUUUGGGUUCCACCGGCUGUUGCUGUGAUACUCUUGGAUUGACUGCUUUAGUCAAAGCUCGCAUGCAAAUGUAUGUGCACACUCAUCAAAGGACAAUGUCCACUGAUGCUGUUGCUCAAAUGUUGUCCAUUCUAAUGUACAACAAGCGUUUCUUUCCAUAUUACGUGUCAAAUGUUUUGGCUGGUUUAGAUAGUGAAGGCAAGGGUGUUGUUUAUAGCUACGAUCUAAUUGGUCAUUGUGAGCGUGCCAAGUAUCGUGCUGGAGGGUCAUCAGGACCUCUAUUGCAGCCAGUAUUGGAUAACCAAAUUGGUUACAAGAAUAUGCUGUUGGAUGAGAAGCCAGCUUUGACUAAAGGCCCCAACCCAUAGAAUCCGUUGCGUCCGUUCCGUCAAUCCAUCCGUUGAAGUUGAAGUUUGGGACAGAAAGGGGUGACCCAUAGAAUACGCCGUACGACGGAUUGCUUUUUGACAGCUCACUUCAAAUUCCGAGGUGUGUUCGAUAUUUUAUCACUGAAUGUGCACUAAAGGGCCCAACCCAUAGAAUCCGU